AUGGAUAUUAAUGGAGGAAGUACAGGAAUAAGAUCAUAUGAUUGUGUUUUUUGUCAAAGAGGAUUCACCACAGCUCAAGCUUUAGGAGGGCAUAUGAACAUUCAUAGAAAAGAUAGAGUUAACCCUACUACUACUAUCAUCAAUAAACCUAAUAUUAGCCCUAGUAUUAAUAAGGAGCAUAGUAAUAAUACUUUACUUAGCAACAAAGAUAUGUUGUUAGAAGAAGAUAAUCAUCAUGUUGAUGAUAAUGAUGAUGAUGAUGAUGCUACAAGAUUAUCUAAGAAUCAUCAUAGUAAUGGAGGCAGCUCUAGCUUCACGGGGAGGUUUCAUCGGUUUCUUGGAUCGGAGAAAUGGCCGGGUGAUCGGAAUCCGGUGUCGAGGCGAGGCGGCUCAGGUCAUGUGCUUGAGAAGAGGGUUCAAGAUCAAGAUCAUAGUAAGGAGGGAGAAGAGUUGGAUCUUGAGCUUCGUCUUGGUCAUUAUUCAUGGUAA